UCAUCUUCUCCCUGUUUUUACUGUUUGCAGGUUCUGUCGUCCGUGAUGGCGUCAGCUCUACCCAGAACCCUUGGGGAAUUGCAGCUGUAUCGAAUACUACAAAAAGCAAAUCUCUUAUUCUACUUCGAUGCCUUCAUUCAGCAGGGUGGAGAUGAUGUCCAGCAGCUCUGUGAAGCAGGUGAAGAGGAGUUUUUGGAGAUAAUGGCUCUGGUAGGCAUGGCUAGCAAGCCGCUUCAUGUCCGAAGGCUGCAGAAGGCUUUGAGGGACUGGGUCACAAACCCUGGUCUUUUUAACCAGCCUCUCACCUCCUUACCGGUCAGCAGCAUUCCAAUAUAUAAGCUGCCGGAAGGGUCUCCUGCAUGGCUGGGAAUAUCCUGCAGCAGUUACGAAAGGAACAGCAGCACCAGAGAGCCUCACUUGAAGAUUCCGAAAUGUGCUGCCACAACGUGCGUGCAAAGCGUGGGCGCAAGCAAAUCCGAUGUGGUGGGGAACUUAUCGCUGCAGAGCGGCAGUGAACCGAGACUCUGGCAAGGACACCACACCACAGAGAGCGAACAUAGUCUUUCCCCAGCUGACCUUGGCUCUCCAGCUUCACCAAAGGAAAACAGUGAGACCCUGGAUGCCGCCGCCGCUCUGUCAGUUGCUGAAUGCGUAGAACGUAUGGUUCCCUCCCUGCCCAAAAGUGACUCGAAUGAAGUCAAGGAGUUACUGAAAACAAAUAAGAAACUGGCAAAGAUGAUUGGUCACAUCUUUGAGAUGAGUGACGAGGACCCUCACAAGGAGGAGGAGAUCAGGAAGUACAGUGCAAUAUACGGCAGAUUUGACUCGAAAAGAAAGGAUGGCAAGCACCUCACCCUCCACGAGCUAACAGUUAAUGAAGCAGCCGCUCAGCUGUGUGUAAAAGAUAACGCGUUGUUGACCAGGAGAGAUGAACUCUUCGCACUAGCUCGGCAAAUCUCUCGAGAAGUUACAUACAAGUAUACUUACAGGACCACCAAAUCUAAAUGUGGAGAAAGGGAUGAGCUGUCACCAAAGAGAAUCAAGAUAGAGGAUGGUUAUCCUGAUUUCCAGGACACAGUCCAGACACUGUAUCAGCAAGACAAUGAAGACUCAACAGCUCUUAAUUCCCAGUCGGAAAAGGUGAUGGCAAAACAGAUGGAGUUUCUUUGCAACCAGGCUGCAUUAGAGAGACGUCUUUCCACAGGGUGUUACAGACAAAACUCAGAAGAGCACAGCCCCAAUGGCAUGUCAUUAGAUAAUGCUGAUGGACAAGGUGAAAGACCGCUGAAUCUCCGAAUGUCAAAUCUGCCAAGUAGACAGUUGCAGCACAUUUCACUCGAUGGAGAGCAGCAUGUUGGAAAACCUCUGUGCAGUGACUUGAUCCGGCUUUACCCCAGUGGUGAGGCAAAGUCCCAGUCCUCAGAAGGCCUUGGUAUUUUAAAGGAUUUUCCUCAUUCGGCUUUUAACAACAUAGAAAGGAAGGUCAUAAAAACAGAACCUGAAGACACAAGAUAGUCAUUCUGCUCUGGAAAACGGUGUCAUAGUAAAGAAUGAAACUUCACAAGAGAAAAUAAAACCAGCCUUAAUAACCAGUGUUGCCUCAUUCAAAUAAGAGAUUUCAAUAGCCAAAGCCUAAGAACUGGUACAGUAAUCUGUGGAAACAGGAAAGCAAGAGACACUGCAAACUAAAACAGUAAUACA